AUGUUCAAACAAAGUAUUGCAUCCCAAAAGAAGUCAUUUGCUACAUUGGCAGCUGAACAACUUUUGCCAAAGAAGUACGGUGGUCGUUACACUGUGACAUUGAUUCCAGGUGACGGUGUUGGUAAGGAAGUUACAGACUCUGUUGUGAAGAUUUUUGAGAACGAGAAUAUUCCAAUUGACUGGGAAACCGUGGAUAUUUCUGGUCUGGACAACACUGAGAAUGUUCAAAAGGCUGUUGAAUCUUUGAAGAGAAACAAGGUUGGUUUGAAGGGUAUCUGGCACACUCCAGCUGACCAAACUGGUCACGGUUCUUUGAACGUUGCUUUGAGAAAGCAAUUGGACAUUUUUGCCAACGUUGCUUUGUUCAAGUCCAUUCCAGGUGUCAAGACCAGAUUGAGCGAUAUAGACAUGGUUAUCAUCAGAGAAAACACCGAGGGUGAAUACUCUGGCUUAGAACACGAGUCUGUUCCAGGUGUUGUUGAAUCUUUGAAGAUCAUGACCAAGGCUAAGUCUGAGAGAAUUGCCAGAUUUGCCUUUGAUUUCGCUUUGAAGAACAACAGAAAGUCCGUUUGUGCUGUUCACAAGGCCAACAUUAUGAAGUUGGGUGAUGGUUUGUUCAGAAACACCGUUAACGAAAUCGGUGCUAGCGAGUACCCAGAAGUCGACGUUAAGAACAUCAUUGUCGACAACGCCUCCAUGCAAGCCGUCGCCAAGCCACAUCAAUUCGAUGUCUUGGUUACUCCAAACUUGUACGGUUCCAUCUUGGGUAACAUUGGUUCUGCCUUGAUCGGUGGUCCAGGUCUUGUCCCAGGUGCUAACUUCGGUAGAGAAUACGCUGUCUUCGAACCAGGUUCCAGACACGUCGGUAUGGACAUCAAGGGCCAAAAUGUUGCUAACCCAACCGCUAUGAUCUUGUCCUCCACCCUAAUGUUGAGACACCUAGGUUUGAACGCUUACGCCGACAGAAUCUCCAAGGCUACUUACGACGUUAUCGCUGAAGGUAAGGCCACCACCAAGGACAUUGGUGGUUCCGCUUCUACCUCCGAAUUCACAAACGCCGUCAUCGAAAAGCUGUCCAAGUUAUAA